AUGACAGCAGUCUCGAUUGCUUCGCCGCUCAAUGUCCGCCAAGCGGAUGAAAAAGUUGGGUACCUGUUUGCCAACUUUCCUGUCGGCGAUGAGCAAGUCUACAUGCACUUAUCCGAUGGCAACAACGCUCUAUCUUAUCGCCAGCUGUCCUACGAUGGUACUCCUGAGACCGCGCGGAUUCUGGAAAGCACCGUAGGAACGAAAGGUGUACGCGAUCACUUCAUUAUUGCCAAGCCAGACAACAGCAAAUAUUGGCUUCAUGCCACUGAUUUGAAGGUCAAUGCGCUCGGUGGAGACUUCAUCAACGCGACUCGCUUUGGCAGCAGAAGCAUUGUCAUCUGGGAGUCCACGGAUCUCGCAAACUGGAGCGAACCUAGACUCUCUGCACCGAUAGCCAACGUCUCCGCUGGCAAUGUUUGGGCUCCCGAAUCAUAUUGGGACUCUACCCGUGAAGAGUUCAUCAUAAUCUUUUCGUCGCGUUACUGGGACCCUGCGGACGUUGACCGCAGAGGGCGCUCCCCACCGAACCAGCUCAUGUACGCGACGACCAAGGAUUUCGAAAACUUCUCCGAGGAACAGGUAUACUUCAGCCCAGGAUACCCAGUCAUCGAUUGCUCGCUUUUGCACGUACCUGAACAGGGCGAGAAUGUCUGGUACCGCUGGGUAAAGAGUGAGGUUGACUACAGAAUCUGGCAACAGCGCUCUUCGACUGGUAUUCUGGGCACAUGGACCAACGUUGGCAAUGCGCCUGACGGUACAAGGGUGACGUUUGCGAGCCAAUACUCCAACAACGAAGGUCAACUGGCAUUCCGCGACAACGUCGACCCAGGACUAUUCCAUCUUUGGAUCGACCAAAGCUCAACAGAGACAUACAUACCUGCGCAAUCACGUACCCUUGAUGACAUGAGUGCAUGGGAACUGUCCGACACAACAAACUUCACCUCGACCACAAAACAUGGCUGGGUUUUGCCGCUCAACCAGCAGCAGUACAGCGCGAUUGAGGCCAAGUACAAGUUUAUCUGA